CUCUAGCUAAUUUGUGCAGCUCAACUGCUUUGUCUACAAGGAGCAAUCCGCAGUUGCUAUGACUACACGUAACUAAGGAGAUUUGUUGACAUUGGCAACCGGACGUUCUUGGCAGCUGUCCCCACGUAACCUAGAUACCAAACAUUUUGCCUUUUUAUAGAAAAGUAUUUACUUUUCAUUGAGACACGCUUUAUAUAUGCAAUGGACUCCAGUACGUUAUACUACUCCUUGGACCUCGUUUCUGGUAGCGGUUUAACUUUGAGCAGUGAGCAAAAAGCUGCCCUGCAGACUUCCCUGGUCAUUCUGAAGAGGAACAACAAAUUCAAUCGUGUCCUGUUUUGGGGCAAGAUUCUGGGCAUAAAGGGUGACUAUUUCAUUGCUCAAGGGGUUUCAGAGGAUGAGAUGACGGAUAAAAAGAGCCUUUACAGUUUCAACUGUGUGGACUGGCACUUGCUUCCCCCUGCCACUGAGGCAAUGCUAGCGGAAGUUUCUGCAACAGCAAAGGGUCGCUUCGUGGGAGACCCCUCACAUGAGUAUGAGCACACCGAGAUACGGCGGCAAGGGGAGGGGGACGAGGCUGUGGAGGAGGAAGUCGUGGUUAAGGUGAAAGAGGAGAAGAGGCUGGCCUCCACUGUCCACACCAUUGAUAAGGAGGUGUCUGUGGUCCCGCGCGGUGCCUUCAUCAAGAGUCCCCAUGGCCUGGUGCAGACCAAUCGCAGCUUUGAGGGUCUGUCCUCAUUGGAGGCAGGUAAACUCAGCUACUACCUGCACUUCACUGAGCCGCAGAAACUGAAGAAGAAAUCCAUCCUGGAGCUGGCUGACCUCAACCCCUCCAUUGACUUCCUGGAUCCUUUGAGUGAGGAUAUCCCCAAAGGGUCGUGGAGCUUGCAGUUUGAGCGUGGCAGCACAGUGUGUGUGAUCCGUAGCAUGCUGUGGCUGGGCCUGACCUCCUUCCAUGUACCCAUGACCCCCCAGCAUGGAUACAUCUACAUGGGCGACGGACUGAAGAACCUGGACCUGCCCUUCAUGCUUUAAAAAGCCAGAGCUGGAGAGCCAACACCUACCACUUAUCUAAACUGAGAAUCAUCAUCAACCUCUCAUCUGAGCAAGCAGUGUUUCAUCCCCACCCAAAACAGUUCUAUUUAUGCAAGAGAUGUUUCUUUACUGUUAUUUAAAGUAAAUAAACAAACUAAAAUCAUUCAUUAUUUGUGAUUUACCUCCA